CCAAAAUCAAAAACCCUUUUGCCUCAAAACCCUAAUUUUCGAAUCUCUCCCCCAAGCGCAACAAUGGCGAAAUCAAUGAGAUGCAAGAGAGUGAAGAGAUUGAGAGCAAUAAGAAGAGAAAUAGUGGAGAAGGAAUCAUUCACUCUAACGAGAGAAGACGCCAAAUCCGCCGCAAUCGAAGCCGCACUCGCUGCGCCGAAGCUACCAGUUCGUCAACCACCAGUUUCGCCGUUUAUGGAAAUUGCGACGCCUUCCUCUGAGUCUGCUCCUGCCACUGUCGAUAACGAUUCGGAUGUGGAAAUGGAUGAUGAAAAGAAAAACAAAUCGCUAAAACCUAUCGGAAGGAAGUUGAAGAAGAAGUUUAAGAUGGGGAUGAAGAAUCGCCGUAGUAAGGGUGUCCUUCGAGGCAAACGUAACUAAGCCUGUUGGUUUUCUACUGGUUUGUUUCGACUUGCACAAUUAUGUUCUCUCUAAAUUCUCAGGGUCUUGAAUGUCUUAGAGUAUAUCUACCUUUGUACUAUGUUUUUUCCCCAUGAGCUUCAAUAUUAUAGAGACGAAGACUUCCAUU